AUGCCCUGGACUGAGACCCGACCUAUGCAACGCCUUGAUUUUAUCCGUGCCUGCCAUGCAGGCACGGACUCCUUCUCCGCGCUUUGCCGUCUCUUCGGCAUCAGUCGAAAAACCGGCUACAAAUGGCUUCAGCGUUUUGACCCCUCUGACCUGUCAUCUCUCUCUGACCGGUCGCGCGCGCCGCACUCCCACUCCCGGACGGUUCCUGAUGAUAUCGCCGGACAGCUGACGGCCCUGAGGCAAAAACACCCUGACUGGGGCCCCAAAAAACUGCGGAUGUGGCUGCUCAAUCAUCACGUCGAUUUUACCGUCCCCGCUGCCAGCACUAUCGGCGAUAUCCUCAAGCGUGAAGGCCUGGUUCCGGAUAAAAAGCGAAAACGCAGAACCCCGGGCAAUCGCCAGCCCCUGACGACCAUCAGCGAGAACAAUCAGGUCUGGAGCGCUGAUUUUAAAGGCAAGUUCAGGCUGCUGAGCCGGGAAUACUGUCAUCCUUUCACCCUGACCGACAAUCACAGCCGGUAUCUUCUGAGCUGCCGGGGAACGGACCGGGAGAGCGAGCCCUUCGUCAGACAGUGCCUGACGGAUGCGUUCCUGGAAUACGGUCUGCCGGAAGUGCUCAGAACCGAUAACGGUCAGCCCUUCGCGGGAACAGGGAUAGCCGGGUUAAGUCGUCUUGCCGUCUGGCUAAUCAAGCUGGGCAUCAGGCCUGAGCGUAUCAGAAAGGGUCAUCCGGAAGAAAACGGCCGCCAUGAGCGAAUGCACCGCUCCCUGAAAAGUGCGGUGAAACAGGGCAACACCUUCAUGACGAUGGAAGAACAACAGCGGUGGUUCAGUGACUACCGGGAAGAAUUUAACUACGAAAGGCCGCAUGAAGCCCUGGCGGGUGCAACGCCCGGAACGGUCUGGCAACCCUCGAACCGACACUGGGAUGGCCGUGUUCCUGAAUAUGCUUAUCCGGAAGGAGGUACGGUCUACAGGGUGAAAUCGAGGGGGACACUCUAUAUGGGGAAAAAGGGGACGGUGUUCCUGAGUGAAGCACUGACUGGCGAAUACAUCAUGCUGGAAGAACAGGAUGAUGGCCUGGAGGCCAUCAUCUUUAAUGGGAUAACGCUUGCGUACUACGACCGAAAAACCGAGAGUGUGCUCCGGAUAGACUGA